UUUUAUCAAGUCAUGUGUUGCGAAAACACAAAAUUUAUCAAUCCCAACAUCUUUAAAGAUUCAUUGAAUUAUUUUUAUUGUUCAGUUAUUUAUAUCUCACUAGGGGAAGAAUUGUAAAUUGCGCAAUGUAUCCACUUUCGUUCAAGAUGACUGCGGGCUGUGGUUUUUUGUUGAUAUGGGUAAUAAUGCUCCAUUCUCAAUUCCCAUUUUCAACAGGGUGUUUACAAGAUGAAAGAAGUUACUUGCUGGAUUUCAAGGCUGGGCUUAAUUUGUCUUCAGGUCGGUUAUCCUCUUGGCGGGGAUUCAACUGUUGCGAGUGGGAGGGUGUUGCCUGUGAUUACCACACAUCCCAUGUCAUUCGCCUUGAUUUAAGUAAUCCGGUUGAUUAUUAUUCAAGUGAUUACCACAAACAGCAGUUGACUGGUGAAGUUCGUACAUCGCUGUGUAAUCUGCAGCAUCUACAGUACUUAGAUCUCAGCUGGAAUGACUUCAAUGGUACUUCUAUCCCUCCCCAGCUUUUAAAAUUGCAUAGACUUGAGUUUCUUAGCUUGAAAAAUGCUGGAUUUGGAGGUGAAGUCCCUCUGGAGUUGGGAAAUAUGUCAAGCUUGCGUCAUUUGGAUAUUUCAGAUAACUUCUGGCUAAUUCAAAAUUCAACAUAUGACUACUGGGACGAUGAGCCAUGCUUGAAGAGUAGCAGUUUUGAUGCAUGGGUAAGAAAUCUAAGAAGCUUGGAGUUCUUGGAUAUGAGUAAUGUGAACCUGAGCAUGGCAUCUGAGCACUGGGGUGAUGCCCUUAGCGGUCUUCCCAAUCUUACCCAGAUUCACUUGUCUGACUGUGGGCUCUCAGGUAAUAUUCCAGAUCUCUCAAACCUUACCCGUUUAUCACAUCUGCAUGUAGCUUACAAUUCAUUCCCGGUUCAACUACCCUCUUGGUUUGAGAAUGUGUCCUCAUUGGUUUCAGUUGAUCUGUCCUCCUGUGGUAUAAAUGGUUUCAUCCCUUCCAAUUUCAUGCCCCGCUCAAGAAUGAGCAAUCUUGUGCUUGAUUCUAACUACGGCUUGAAAGGAAACCUUUCUUUCAUGCUAAGCCAUUCUUCCUCACUAGUCGUGCUAUCCCUUAGGCACUGUAAUUUAACGGGAGUGUUCCCCACUUCUAUUGCAAAUUUCUCAAAACUUAUGACCAUGGAUCUGGUGUACAACAAUUUGGAGGGCAGUAUACCAUCCUCUUUUGGCAGCUUAACCUCCCUUAGAUAUCUGUACCUUAAUUACAACCAGUUAAGUGGUCAGAUUCCUCCGUCUCUGUGUCAGCUUCCAACAUUGAGUAGCCUCUAUCUAGGCCAUAACCAGCUGUCAGGAGCAAUUCCAGAUUGCAUUUCAAAGUUGGCCAGUUUAAACGUAUUGUCACUUCUUUCCAACGGAUUAAGAGGGAACAUUUCACUUCAACUAUUUGAAAAUCUAACCCGCCUUGAACAAUUGGACCUUUCAGAAAAUCAGUUUGUCAUUGACAUCUCUACAAGCUGGGUUCCUAAGUUUGCCCACCUGUAUAUUCUCGAAUUGCAGUCUUGCAAUAUAGAAGGCAACUUCCCUGCAUUUUUGUCCCAGCAGUAUCAAUUGUCCUGGCUAGAUCUUUCAGAUAACAACAUUGUGGGAAAUCUUCCUUCGUGGCUGUGGGAUCUUCCGUAUCUUGAGAUGCUCAAUCUUUCAAAUAACCAACUGGAAGGUUCUCUACCUCGCAAGAUAUCUCACAGUUUUUAUACAGUGGACUUGCAUGGGAAUAGAUUAUAUGGCUCUCUUCCUGCUCUUGAUUUUGCUCCAUAUACAUUAGAUCUGUCAAAUAAUGGGUUUAAUGGCACUAUUCCUACAACAAUUGACACAAUUAACACUCUAUCAUUGUCAGGGAAUAAUUUGACUGGAGAAAUUCCAAGUUCUAUAUGUAACAAUUCAAAUUAUCAAAGAGUUUUGGACCUGUCAAAGAACAAGUUGACAGGUAUGAUUCCUUCAAAUAUUGGGCUGUGUUCUGAAAUGGAAAUUUUAAAAUUGGCUCAAAAUGUUUUGCAAGGGGAGAUUCCGAAGGAGUUAGGAAAUCUGCAGAGUCUUCGCACAUUAAAUCUCAAUGGUAACAGGUUGCAAGGUAUUAUUCCA